CCCGGCCAGGUCCGGCGCCUUCUGCGCCCGCCGCGUUCCCUCGCCUUUCUGUCCCCCGUCGCCACCCGUAGCCGGGGGCGCCGGUGGUGGCGCCAAAUUCGAAGGCGGGCGCGAGCGCGACGGUUAUUUCUGUUGAGGCGCUUCUCUCCGCUGCUGCCAUGGCCACCCCUCCCAAGCGCGGGCGGCUGGAGGGCCGCAUCAAGAAGGUCGCCGUGGAGGGCAACAUCGCCGCAGGGAAAUCGACAUUUGUGAAUAUCCUCAAACAAGCCGAUGAGGAAUGGGAAGUUGUUCCUGAGCCUGUGGCUAGAUGGUGCAAUGUUCAGCAAAACUUUAAAGAGGAUUGCGAGGAGCUGACUACAUCACAGAAGAGCGGCGGAAACGUGCUUCAGAUGAUGUAUGAGAAACCAGAAAGGUGGUCUUUCACUUUCCAGACAUACGCGUGUCUCAGCAGGAUCCGGGCUCAGCUCAGAUCCCUUGAGGGCAAACUCAAAGAGGCGGAGAAUCCUGUGGUCUUCUUCGAGCGAUCUGUCUACAGCGACAGAUAUAUCUUUGCAGCUAAUUUAUAUGAGUCUGAUUGCAUGAAUGAAACGGAAUGGACUAUUUACCAAGACUGGCAUGACUGGAUGAAUAAGCAGUUUGGUCAAAGCCUAGCGCUGGAUGGGAUCAUUUAUCUCAGAGCCACUCCUGAGAAAUGCUUAAAUAGGAUUUACUUGCGUGGAAGAGACGAAGAGCAAGAAAUUCCCAUUGAAUAUCUGGAGAAGCUUCACUACAAACAUGAAAGUUGGCUUCAGCAUAGGACUCUGCGAACGCAUUUUGAAUAUCUACAGGAAAUACCUAUUUUAACGUUAGAUGUUAAUGAAGACUUCAAAGGCAAAAAGGACAGAUAUGAUCACAUGACUGAAAAGGUCAAAGAAUUUUUGAGCACGUUAUAAUCCUCUUUGAAGCGCGGGGCUGAGUCAAACUGUUCCAAACAUCUGUGCGAUCAAAGUCUGAAGUACAGCGUCUGCUUUUAUAGAAGGCCUCUGGAGAGGCAGGACUCAAUCCUGUUGGUGUAAUUGUGAGGAACAAACAAACUUUGUGAAUAGGGAAAUGACUAAAUAAAUCAGUAGGUCUGUUCAGUAUUAUAUUAACACACACAAAUUCAGAAGAUACGAGAAUUCUGAGAGUUCCCAAAUGUUGCGCCUGUUUCUAAUCAGACCGAUAAGUUUUUCUGGAGUAUUUUAUCGUAUUUUUUUAAAUUUAUUUUGUGCCCAGUAGCUAUUGAAUUUUCAAGAAGGUUGUGGAUUUUUUUCUUUAGUGGAAUUGGUUUGUAAUGAAUGUCUCAUUGUUCUGAGGAAGAAAAAAGUAAACCCCAUUUUUGCUGGUGAGAGCAUUUUAACAUAACCUGGAGUUUUAUAUUGUAAAGUAUAAAAAAAAAUGUCGUCUGACAAUUCUGGUAGAUGAAGUUCUUCAUACAAUACACUGAAUUAAAAGAAAUCCAAAUAUGACUGAAAUUUUGUAGAUAUCAAAUUAGUUUUUAUAUCUGUUUUCACUGCGCACUGCAUGCUAGCAUGUUAAGAGGCUUUCUAUUCUCUAGCAUGUUUGUUUGGUGUUUUUUUUAAGGUCUUAAUAAAACAGACCUGGGUUUGGUUGUUGGUAAGUCCUCUUUUCCUGUGGAGGAGUAUGUUUGCUUGACGGGUACCGUAAAAGGAAGAAGAAAAUUUUGCAAAUGGCCUCUCUCUGUAAAUGACGUGUUUCUAAACCUUUCCUUAAUCACAUUUGGGAUGUCAGAGGUGGCUUCCUGCUUUCGUUCCAGCUUCUCCAUUUGCUCGCUGGGCCUUCUGGGUGCUUAUACAAGAUACUGCAAUAUUUGAAGCGGGCUGUCCGUUCUCAUCUUCUUGUAGUAAGAAGGGGGAGACCUUUGUGGAGUAGCUGCUGUUUCAGUGUGUGUUGUUUUGUUAACUGAGCCACUUCCGUUUCAGGUGCAGAAAAUCUGAACUACGCAGGGUACACAUCUCAAGUACUGUGUUUUAUGAGCUGCUUUGUUCUGCUUUAAACAUUUCUGACCGAUUGCACAGUUGGCUUUUGAACGCAGCAUUUUACUGAAGAGCGUUUUAUUGUCUACCACGGUGCCUGCUAAUUUGAGAUGAAAUGUCGUCUUUUGUGGUGGGAAUUGUGCUGGCGUUCUCUAACC